AUGAAAUUAAAAUUUUUAAUUUUAUUUUUAUCAAUAAUUUCUGUUGUGAAAUCAGAUAUUAUAAAUUGGAUCGGAUCAAAUACAAUAUAUACAGACCCAAGAUCAUGGUCAACAAAUAAUGUGCCAACUAUAAAUGACGAAGCUAUCAUUCAAAAUAAUUAUGUAGAAUUAAAUAACCAAGAUGAUUUUUAUUUACCACAUUCAUUGCAAGUUAUUGAUGGUACAGUUUUCAAUAUGAUAAAUUCCAAUUUAUUAAUGGCAGACAAUUCAACUUUUUCUUUAAUUUCAUCAUUCUCUGCAUUUGAAAAUAUUGAAAUUGUUGGUGAUUCUAAAGAUAGUAAUAUUGCAAUAGUUUUGGAAAAUUCUCAAGUCGGUGUUGAUGGUCCUAUUAAAAUUACCAAUAUUGAUAAUUUUGAAAUUAAAGAUACUUUAUUAGCAAGUUAUCAAAGUUAUACAAAUGAAUUAAUUGCCACAGAUUCAAAUAUUUUAAUCACUGGUGUCUCCCUUGUUGUUUACCCAAUUAUUACAUUUAACUCUUCUCUUACUUAUAGAGGAUAUACACCACAAGAUUAUCCUACUGAUCAACUUAUUAUCAAUUAUAUUUCUAAUGAAUUAAUAAUUGAUCAAUCAAACUUUAUUAGUAGAAAUUCAUUUGUAUUAAAUAAUAGAUCAAGCACUGUUUUAAUUAAAGGUUCAUCAUUUGUUUCAAUUGGUUCAGAAACAACCACAUUCUAUGGAGGUUUUGAGCCAACUUUAAAAGUUGAUGAAGGUUCAUUGGUUUCAAUUGAAUCAUAUCAUUUAUGUGGCAUCGGUGCUGAAAUAACUGGUGGAUCAGGAAUUUCAUUUAAAGAUUCAAUUUUUUGUUUUGAUUCAUCAAUUCAUUCAUUUGCUCCAACAACUGCUAUUAACUUUGAAGGUGGUAUAUUCUCAGUGGGAAAAUCAAAUGGAAAAGGAUUAGAAACAACCAAUAUCUAUUUAUAUAAUAAUGCUGUUUUAUCAUUCGAAAGCGAAAAUAUUACAUUGGGUAUGAUUGAAAUUCAAAAUUCAAAAUUAAACUCCACUUAUAUUCCUAAAAAUGAAAUUAUUGUAGAAGCAAAUUCAUUUAUUUUAGGUUUAGGUCAAUUAGAUUUAACUUCAAUUGCAUCUGGCCAACCAAUAAGAAUUAAAUCUCAUUUACCAUUAUUACUUGGAUAUAGUACAACUGUUCUUGGUAAUGGUACUUUAGAAUCAAUUAAAAUUUAUAACUAUGGUACAAUUGGUAGCUCAAAUAGAAUCUCAACCAUUAAUAUCAAUGGUACCCUUUUACAAGACGACGAAAAUGAAUCAAAAAUUAUCAUUUACAUUAAAAAACCAUCAGAUUUCUCAACCAUUAAUAUUAGUGAUGAAUUAAAUAUUAAUAACUCAACAUUGAUAGUCUUUGUUAACUCUAAUUUAUUGAAUAUCGAUAAUGAAUUUAAUAUUAUUAAUUUCAAUUCAUUAGCAAUUAAUUCAACAUUAUUCAGAGUUAUUAAUGUUUACUCUGUUGAAUCAUCUAGUGAGACUCAUAUUACAACCGGUUAUCAAGUAGUUUACACUGAAAAUAAUGUUAAAUUUAUUAUUAGUGGACCAAGCUCAUCGUCAUCUGAAUCAUCAUCAUCAAGCAUUAGUACAUCAUCCGAAUCAUCAAGUAUUGGUUCUUCAUCCGAAUCAUCAUCAAGCAAUAGUACAUCAUCUGAAUCAUCAUCAAGUGGUUCCUCAACUGACUCCUCAAAUGGAUGUAACGGUAGCUCAAGUGACUGGUCAUCUUCUGAUUGGUCAUCUUCAGACUGGUCAUCUUCAGAAUCUUCAAACUCUGGCUCAGACUCUGAUUCAUGGGAAAGCUCAUCAAGUGAUGAUAGUCAAGUUGUAUGCUCAUUUAAUCCAAUUAAAGGAAUUUUAGAAAUUACAAACCAAGGUAGUGAAAAGAUUGAAUGUCAUGGUCAAGGUGAUACCUAUUGUGCCAAUCCAUUUUUUGAAUGUGGUACUAAAAAUGGUGAACAAUCAGUUACAUGUUCUGCAUGGCGUAAAAUUACCUGUAUUGGUAGACAUAUCUCUUGUGACAUUGGUAAAAUUAUGAACUGUAAUACCAACCUACCAAAUGCAUCAUCUGGUCAAAUUUCUACAACCACAUCAUUUGUAUCUUCAACCUCCUCCUCUUUAUCAUCAUCAACAACAACAACAUUUACCUCAUCUUCAUCAUCAUCAUCAUCUUCAUCUUCAACAACCUUUUCCUCUACAUCAGGCUUUUCAACAACUUCUCCAACUCAAACUCCAUCAAAAACCGAUGAAUGUGAUAAAGUAAAUGAAAAUUCCUAUUGUUUCAAUGGUAAACUUUAUUGUAAAGUACCAUUCACCGGACCAGAUUGUAAUGUUGUAAAUGUUGAAACAACUCCAAAUCCAACAUCAAUUCAAGGAACCUCUCAACCAACUACCCAAAUACCAAGUGAUAACAUUGAAAAAACAACAUCCUCAUCAUCAAAAAUUUUAGUUAAUACCCUCACAAUCUCUUUAAUUUUAUUAUUAGUUUCCUUUUUUUAA